CGCCCCCGCAGCCACCGCCCAGGGCCGUCCCGCCAGCCGGCCGCGCGGGUUCUCUGGCCCGAGCAGGGUUAAGAUCACAAGAGCACCGGCGCAGGCCCGCGGGGCGUGCACUUUCACUCGUUCCUCUCCACUGCGGCCCACACAAUUUGUAGAAGGGGAGGAAGGAGAGGGGCGGGGCUUCCCCGGGGUCACCGCCCGGUCCCUUCUGGGACUCCGGGCCAAUUCUCUGCCAAGGCAGGAAGGCGCACCCAGGCUGCAGAACCUCACGGCGGGUCCAGCAGGUUGGCUGGGUCCCGGAAGGGAGAGGCCCAGUAUGAGCUGUACGCUGACGUCCUCUUUCCCCCUCAGGUGCUCUUACCAAAUUUUUCCACGUGUGUGACUUAAUCCGUCUUAACAGCCAGAUCUUUCUCCGUUGGGUCCUCAGCUAAGACCUCUGCCAUGCCGGUGACAGUGACCCGCACCACCAUCACAACCACGUCAUCAUCCUCAGGCCUAGGGUCCUCAACCAUUGUGGGGUCCCCUUGGGCACUGACUCGUCCCCUGGGCCUCCUCCGCCUGCUGCAGCUGCUGUCCACUUGUGUGGCCUUCUCUCUGGUGGCGAGUGUGGGCGCCUGGACAGGGCCCAUGGGUAACUGGUCCAUGUUCACAUGGUGCUUCUGCUUCGCCGUGACCCUCAUCAUCAUCAUCGUCGAGUUAGGCGGGCUCCAGGCCCGCUUCCCGCUGUCUUGGCGCAACUUUCCCAUCACCUAUGCCUGCUACGCCGCCCUCUUCUGCCUCUCGGCCUCCAUCAUCUACCCCACCACCUACGUCCAGUUCAUGUCUCCUGGCCGUUCCCGAGACCACGCCAUUGCUGCUACCGUCUUCUCCUGCAUCGCUUGUGUGGCAUACGCCACUGAAGUGGCCUGGACCCGGGCCCGGCCUGGCGAGAUCACUGGCUAUAUGGCCACCGUGCCGGGGCUGCUCAAGGUGCUGGAGACCUUUGUGGCCUGUGUCAUCUUUGCCUUUAUCAGCAACCCCGACCUGUACCAGCAGAAGCCGGCCCUGGAGUGGUGCGUGGCAGUGUAUGCCAUCUGCUUCAUCCUGGCAGCAGUGGCCAUUCUGCUGAACCUGGGGGACUGCACCAAUGUUCUGCCCAUCCCUUUCCCCAGUUUCCUGUCAGGGCUGGCAUUGCUGUCCGUCCUCCUCUACGCCACUGCUCUUAUCCUCUGGCCCCUCUACCAGUUCGAUGAGAGGUAUGGCGGCCAGCCCCAGCGGGCGAGAGAUGUGAACUGUGCCAGCAAACACACCCACUAUGUGUGUUCCUGGGACCGCCGACUGGCCGUGGCUAUCUUGACGGCCAUCAACCUUCUGGCUUACGUAGCGGACCUGGUGUACUCUGCCCGUCUGGUUUUUGUCAAGGUCUAAGAUUCCCCCAAGGGGCUCCCAUUUCCCUCUUUCCAACUGCUUCAUUCUUCUCUCCCAAGUUUUUUUUACUGGGUCCUCAUUUUCUCUUCCUUUCCUAUUUCCUCCUCCUGUCUCCCCUCCCUCCCAUCUUUUUCAUUUCCUUUCUGAUUUAUCAUGCUCUUUCCUGUUUCUCUGACUCCUUUUCUCCUCUUUCCUCUUGCUCUCCAUUUCCUUUCCUUCCUGUUUUGUUCUGUGGCCCACAUCCUGUUUGCCUCUGAGCUGCUUCUCUUUUUUUUUGCUGUCAUCUUUUUUGCCUUUUCUGCUUCUCAUCUCUUUGUGGUUGAUUUUCCUGUUGGUUUUGUCAUCUGCCUGUUUCUUGACCACCUACCUAUUCUUAUUUCCUCAGGAGCCCUAAGACUUCUUUCGCCUUCUCCUCCCGCCCCACCUCCAAAGGUGCUGAGCUCCACACACCCCACACUCCUCUUUGCAGCUAUCCUUUCCAUGGCUCUGCCAAGGGCCUUAUUGCCAAAGCAUGCCCGCCCGCCCUAGCUGUGCCUUAGUUAGUGCAUAUGUGUGUGUUUGGGGGGGUAAGGGGUGGGGCUAGGGAUUGGGCCCCCUUUCUCCUAGUGGAGGAGGGUGUACAGUGCACCUCCCCUUUAGGUUAAAAAUCUCUGGAGGUCAAUAAUUUCCAGUGGGCGGGAGGCUUUAAGCACAGACCCUGGGUCCUUAGGUCCUGCCUGGCAUUCAGCCUUGCCUAAGAUUGGCUCCAGAAUUUUUGCCAGGCUUACUAAAAACCCACUGCCUAGAGGCCAUUUUAAAAGAAGCAAGGAGUGGAUGUCUUUCAUCCCAACUAUUGUCUGUGGUAUCAAAAGAAGGAGCCGGGCAAAGAACCACAGUCUUGAAGACAACCGUAUGAAGUACUUGUGAGGGGCACUGAUGUGGCCUUCCAGACUCAGUGUUAAAAAUAUCAUGUCCUGCUUUGGUGAGGACAAGAAAAUGGCCACUGUUGGCCUUAAAGGCACUAUCAAUCUGGAUCUUUUUCUUUUCCUUUUUCUGGUCAUGAGGGCAAAAAUUACUGGGUGGCCCUGUUCUUAAAGAAGAAAGUUUCCUUUGUUCGGGGGGGGAGGUGAGUGGGUUGGGGAGGUGGGUGUCGGGGUGAGGAUUGCUUCUGCCAUAGCCAGAGGAAUGGCAUUGCUUGAGUGUGUGGUGCACACGCACGUGUAUUUUUGUGUGCUAGUUGCUUCUUGCUGCUUCCUGCUUCUCUGGGACUCACAUGCAUAACAUGAUAUAUAUAAAUGUAUAAAUAUAUAUUUUAUUUUUUUUUAAUUUCCCAGAGCUUUUGGUUUUCAUCAGCUCCUGCUGUCAAUCAUAGAGAGAAGCCUUGUCCCUUCCCCCACUUCCACAUCCAU